CGUCUGCGUGUCACGUCAUUACGCUGGAAGGGGAUUCCGGAAGUGUCCUGGCAUUGUUUACAUUUUUCUCUUUGUUCGCUGAAAACCAAAAAAUGUCGAAGAAACGGGCAGAACUUCGGAACCUGAAGGCCGCCGUGGACCAGCAGCUGGCGGCGGCCGCUCAGGAGAUUUUCUGGCUGCUGCAGGAGCGCGGCCGGGCGGAGCUGAAGGAGCUGAGACGGCUGCUGACGGAGCGGAUCACCGCGGCCGUGGAGCUCAUCCUCGCCGCUUUCGAAGCAAGCAGAUCGGCCGACAUACAACCGCAGGAGCCCGACGGGAAUCAGAGAGCGGAGCAGAAAGAACUGGGUCUCUCUGUUGACAUCGGGAGUCUCUCUGAGGACAAACAUCUGAAUCCUGACAUCUUGGCUGAUGACAGACUGAAGGAGUCUGUCCCCGGCCCUUCCUCCAGGCUAGAGAAUGAAUGCAACAAUCCGAUUCGAGAUGAUGAUGAUGAUGAUGAUGACAAUGACGAGGAAGCGACGCCUCACUGCUGCAGAGUUUGUGGAAAGUCAUUUGACAGGAAAGGCUUCCUGAUGAAGCACGUAGAGAAACACUCGAAGGAUGAUGACUCUGUGUGUGGUCUUUGUGGUGAGCAAUUGGAGUCUGCCGACGGUCUGAGGCUGCAUCUUCAGACGCACCGCGACAGCAGCAAGACCUGCGAUGUCUGUGGGAAGAAGUUCCCAUCAAUCCGAGCACAGGAGACACACCGCCGGCUGCACACUGGGGAGAAACCCUUCAGCUGCCAUGUCUGUGGGAAAGAAUUCAGCCAGAAGGGCAACAUGGUGACACACAUGAGGAUCCACACAACAGAGAAGCCGUUCACCUGCACUGUUUGUCGCAAAGAGUUCAGCCACACUGGCUCUCUGGAGCGACACAUGAAGGCCCACGAUGGACAGACACCGUUCUGCUGCAAAGUCUGUGGGAAAGGCUUUGCGAAGAGUGCUGAGCUGAGGCGACACGUUCGCAGCCAUGAAUCUAACGAGCAGCCUGCUGCCACGAGCAGGCGCAGGAAACCAAGUCUGACUCCAUCGCACUGCUGCAAGGUUUGUGGCAACGCCUUUCACAAUAAAGGCAACUUUGUGCGUCAUGCAGAAACGCAUUUGAAUAGCCCAGACUUCCCAUGCGGUAUCUGUGGAGAGAGUUCCGAGUCCUCAGAGAGUCUGCAGCUUCACAUACAGAGUCACCGAGAAACCAGCCGCAUCUGCGACAUCUGCGGCGUCAGCUUCAGGGACAUGGAGAUCCACAUGAGGACACACACUGGACAGAAACCUUUUAGGUGCAAAGACUGUGGCAAAGACUUUCCCCGCAAAGGCUCUCUGGAGCGACACCUGAAGCUGCAUGCCGGCGAGCGGCCAUACAUCUGUGAGUUCUGUGGAAAGACCUUCAUUGAAAACACCGUCCUGAAGAGGCACAUCAAGAGCCACACAGGAGGGAAACCUCGCAUUUAUUCCUGCGAGGUCUGUGGCAAGAAGUUCACCAUGAGCCAGCAUCUGGAUGUGCACAAGAGGAUCCACACUGGCGAGAAGCCCUACACCUGCAGGGUCUGCGGGAAGAACUUCAGGCAGAUCGGCAACCUGGACUCCCACAUGAGGAUCCACACGGGCGAGAAGCCGUUCAUCUGCAGCCUCUGCGGAAAGAGAUUCCGCCAGAAGAUCUCACUGGAAACACACGAGAGGUUCCACAAAAAGGAGAAGCCCUUUAGCUGCCAGCAAUGUAGCAAAGGCUUCGUCCAGAAGAUCGACCUCAAGAGACACAUGUUGACGCACACUGGUGAGAAGCCAUACAGCUGCCACUUCUGCGGGAAAAGCUACCAGGAGAAACGCUCGCUGGACUCGCACAAGAAGGUCCACACUGGAGAACAAGCCACCAAAGACCCAAGUGUAGUGCCAAACCUGAAGCAUCAGGAAGGAGUUCACCCAGACUUCAUCCAGCUGUGAGCUGCAGCCCGACCAGGAACACCAGCAUCACCACAGCAUCACACUAUUAUCAGACCAGUAUCAGACCAGUGUCACACCAGUAUCAGACCAGUAUCAAACCAAUAUCCCACUAGUAUCAGAUCAGUGUAAGACCAGUAUCAGACCAGUGUUGGACCAGUAUCAGCUUCUUCUCGUUAACGUUUCUGCAGCAGCGUCACAGCUGUUUGAUCCAACAGACAGACUCGGGUUUAUUGUUUCCUGUUUAUUGUUUACUGUCUGAGAUGCCGGCGAGUCUUUGAACUCCUGGUUCUGAUUGGUGUCUGUGAGCGUCUACCUGAUUGGCUGUUUUCACCACAGAACCUCCAGGAACCUGACAGACUGGAAACACAAAGGACAAUGUGGACUUUUCAAUCACAGAACAUCUCUGAGCUCAGAGUUUCUCUGGCUGAGAGAAGUGGUGACUGCAGGACUUUAUUGAUCUGUGAGAGCAGUAGCGAUCAGAAAAAUAUCCUCUAAAUAUAUUAAUCAGCAGUCAUUUAAUUAAUAAUAAAAUAAGUUGUUUUGAAGAAAAAAACUGUCAGAAUGUUUUUUUUAUCUGAGCAAAUUAAAUGUUUCUGGAUGUUUUCUCAACAGAGCGAGACUUCACAUCACACUCUAAUAACCGAUCGAUCAGUCAGUCACUGCAGAUAUUGAUCAGUUUCAGUGAGUCAACCUGAAUAUAUCAGUGAUUGUAAAACUGCAGUGAGAAUAAACCUGAUUAUUAAAUCAGUUAAUCAGUGAGUCCAACUAGGACUCAACUGUGAAACUUUAUUUAUUGAUUUGAAUAUUGAUUAAUCUGUCUAUUAUUUUCUCUAUUAAUCAGCAUUAAUCAAUAAAGUAUCAGAAAGUUGUUUGAGCCCAGAACUUUAAACAUAUUCACAUUUCAUCUGAUGUUUAAAAGACCAUGAUAUUAAAUUUGAAAACUCUUUCUUGAUUGAUUAUUCGACUGAUUAAACACACACUGCGAGUACGUAGACGUCGUGGUGUAAUUCCUCUCACUGCCUGUAGAAAACAGAAGUUGCUUUGUGUUUGUGUGAAGAAAUGAUCAAACAUCAGCUUCAGAUCAACGUGGAAACAAACGGAAAGAACCUCUGCAUCUGUACAGUUUGGAGCAAUGCAUUGUGGGAGCUUCAUGAGUUUCGCUGCAACAUGAAGUCCCGCAGAAGGAGAGAAAUAUCAGAAAUAUCAUCUGUCAGAAUGACGGAAAUCAGAAUAAAGAAACAUUUCUUCAAUUAUAUAUUUUUUUAUAAGUGUAAAAUUCUGGAAUCAUUGAGUCGAACAUCUUUCCAAAGAUAUUACAACAACCACAUGCUGUAGAUGUUUAUCACCCACAAAUCAAGUCAAAGCUGUGAAUCACAGAAUAUGGUUUUGGCAAACAGAACACACCUAAGAUA